AUGUCGUGUUGUGGCGAGGCUGAGCAGGCCAGCGGUGCUGCCAUGGGCAGUGACGAGGCUGAUGCUGAGCAGCAGUGGCAGGUCGUGUCGGGCGACGACCUCGCGAGCGACAGUGAACCGGGGGGCAUCCAUGCUCGACCUUCUGUGCCCGAGGCGAUGUCAGAUGCCGCCCUCUCUGGCGUCACUGGCUCCCAGUCUGACAGCUACCUCCUCGUAGAUGACGAGCAGCAGUUGGACGUGCCGAUCACCGUUGUCUUUGUCACGCCCGAUGGCGCCGAGGGCGGCCACGAGACGUUCCCGUGCGUGCCUGACUACGGCAUGCUCUGGAGAUCGGCCAGGGGUUGCGUGCCAGCACGGCGCAGGAUCGUCAUCCGCAUGGACGGGGAGCUCCUCUCCAACGCAAACGCCAGACGCCUUAUCUCCCUCUCGCCCCGCCGCCCCUCGGCGCGCCGUGCGCUUCUCGCCCCCGUGGGCGUCGUGCUCCACGUGGACUUCGAGGACGCGUCAGCGGAGGCGCCGCGCGGCGCCGGGCCGCUGCCGGGCGGCGCGCCGGGCGGCGCGCCGGGGGAGUGCGGCGGGGCGCCGGGGCCACGGAGGCCCGCGGCGUGGGGGCUCGCGGCGGCGCUCGUCAUGUCCCCCUCGCCCUCGGCGCGCUGCGCGGUGCGGCGGUCCACGGGGCAGCGGCCGCGGCCCGCGGCUGGGGGCCGGGCGGCGCGCCGAGGCAAGCGGGCGACGGCGGCUGCGACGGCACGCCCGCGGCGAGGCCGGGCGGCGAGGGCGGCGCGGCGCAAGGGCCGUCGGGCAGCUGCGGUCCGUGCACGUCACGAAGGGGGCCUUCCUCGACAGCAUCCGGUUCACGCUGCACGACGGCUCCUCGUCCAGGCUCGGCACCCCGCUGCUGGGCGACUCCCACCCGCCGCUGGUGCUGGAGGCUGGGGAGAGGGUCGUGGCUGUGCGCGGGCGGCAGGCUAG